CUCAUUCGAAGAAUUGUGAACUUGAAGUACAAGGAUGGGCAUAGUGUCUCGGAGCAUUUGAGUGACUUUCAAGUGCUUGUGAACCAGCUAACUACUAUGAAGUUAGCACUUGAUGAUGAAGUGCAAGCAUUGUUACUUCUCAGUUCUUUGCCGGAUAGUUGAGAGACUUUGGUGGUCUCACUUAGCAACUCAGCACCUAAUGGCAAGUUGACGAUGGACAUUGUCAAGGAUAGCAUGUUGAAUGAAGAGGCAAGGAGAAAAGAGUUGGGGAUUACAUCAGAGUCACAUGCUUUGGUGGCGGAUAAUUCUGGAAGUCGUGGAAGAAGCAGAAAUCGAAAUUCCAACUUCAAGAACUCUCAGAAUCGAAGUAACAGCCGAGGGAGAUCAAAAGGGAGAUCAAAAUCAUUGUCAAGACCAAGAGGAGAAAUCACAUGUUAUCAUUGCAACCAGCCCGGACACAUGAAGAGAGAGUGCAGAAUCUUGAAACGGGAACAAGCUAGAGAAAAAGGUGUGGAAAACCGAGAAAAAGAUGAUACUACUGUUGCUGCCACAGAUGGUGAUGUGGUCAUUGUUUGUGAUGCCGGUUUUGUUAACCUUGCUUGUCUAGAGAGUACAUGGGUUGUUGACUCAGGUGCCUCAUUUCAUGUGACCUCACGGGUUGAUCUUUUCUCUUCCUACACAAACGGUAACUAUGGUUGUGUGAGGAUGGGAAAUGAUGGCGCAUCAAAGAUUGUUGGCAUGGGUGAUAUUCAUCUAGAGACCAACACGGGUUGCAAGCUAGUCUUGAAGGAUGUGAGACAUGUUCCUGACAUGAGGCUGAAUUUGAUAUCCACGGGAAAGCUUGAUGAUGAUGGUUAUACCAACUAUUUUGGAGAAGGAAAAUGGAAGCUCUCAAGAGGUUCUCUUGUGGUGGCUAAAGGCAAGAAGGAAAGUACGCUCUACAUGACGAAUGCAAAGCAUAGCAAGGGAGGAAUCAAUGUUGCUGAGAAAGAUUCUUCCAUUGAGAUUUGGCAUAAGAGACUCGGUCAUUUGAGCGAGAAGGGGCUGCAAAUAUUGUCCAAGAAACAACUCUUGCCCGGAGCUAAAGGUACUCUUCUUAAAACUUGUGUUCAUUGCUUAGCCGGAAAAACUCAUAGAGUUGCAUUUCAUAGAUUUCCACCUUCUAGAAGGAGUAAGGUACUUGAUCUAAUUCACACCGAUGUUUGUUUUAUGCGAGAUAAAACUCUUGGUGGUGCAAGCUAUUAUGUUACCUUCAUAGAUGAUCACUCAAGGAAGGUGUGGACAUAUGCUUUGAAAACGAAGGAUCAAGUGCUAGAUGUUUUCAAGCAAUUUCAUGCUGAAGUGGAAAGGGAAACCGGCCUGAAGUUGAAGUGUGUAAGGGCUGAUAACGGGGGAGAGUAUAGAGGUCCAUUCGAAAGCUACUGCAGAUUGCAUGGAAUUAAACUACAGAAAAGUGUACUCAAGACUCCACAACAAAACGGUGUCGCCGAGAGGAUGAAUAGAACAAUUUGUGAGAGAAUCAAGUGUAUGUUCUCACAUGACAAGCUAUCUAAAUCAUUUUGGGGAGAAGCAAUGCGGACCGCGGUUGAUCUAAUCAACCUUUCGCCAUCGGUCCCAUUGGAGGGUGAUGUGCCUCAACGAGUAUGGACGGGAAAGGAAGUCUCAUAUGAACACUUGCGAGUGUUCGGUUGCAAAGCCUAUGUUCAUGUUCCAAAAGAUGAGAGAGCAAAGCUUGAUGACAAAGCAAAGCCAUGUAUAUUCAUGGGCUAUGGGCGUGAAGAGUUCGGGUACAGAUUAUGGGAUCCAAUUGCAAGGAAAUUUGUUCGGAGCCGAGAUGUGAUUUUUCUUGAAGAUGAGACAAGUGAAGAUGUCGAAAGGGGUGAAAAGAAGAAAAAUACAGCAGCUGGUCCGGUUAAUUUGGAGCCUAUAUCUCCAUCCCAAAUGCAUGAAAAUAUUGAAGAAGUAGUGCAUGAUGAGCCCCAAGGUGCACUAGAUCAAGAAGUGCAAGGAGAAGAGCAAUUGGAGCAAGAAGAACAAGUUGAAGAAGAGCAACCUCUAUCCGAACCAAGAAAAUCAACAAGAGAUCGCAAAGCUUCCACUUGGUACUCCCCUCAUGAGUACCUAUUGUUGACUGACGGGGGAGAACCCGAAUAUUAUCAAGAAGCCAUGUAUCAUGAAGACAAGGAGGAGUGGAACAAAGCAAUGCAAGAAGAGAUGAAGUCUUUGCAAGAGAAUCACACAUAUGACUUGGUGAAACUACCCAAAGGAAAAAGAUCACUUAAGAACAAGUGGGUCUACAAGUUAAAGACGGAGGAAACUAGUUCAAAGCCUCGGUUUAGGGCGCGACUAUUUGUGAAGGGUUUCAACCAAAAGAAAGGUGUUGACUUUGAAGAAAUUUUCUCUCCCGUGGUGAAGAUGUCUUCUAUCCGAGUUGUGCUUGGGUUGGCUGCAAGUUUGGACUUGGAAGUUGAACAACUCGAUGUGAGGACGACGUUUCUUCAUGGUGACUUAAAGGAAGAAAUCUACAUGGAUCAACCGGAAGGGUUCGAGGUUAAAGGCAAAGAAGAUCUUGUAUGCAGAUUGAGAAAGAGCUUAUAUGGGUUGAAGCAAGCACCAAAGCAAUGGUACAAGAAAUUUGACUCAUUCAUGGUCAAAAACGGGUAUGCAAGAACUACCUCCGAUCAUUGUGUGUUUGUGAAAUACUUUGCUGAAAAUGAUUUCAUCAUUCUCUUGCUUUAUGUGGAUGACAUGUUGAUCGUGGGUCGGAAUGUUGGAGAGAUUGAUAGAUUGAAAAAGGAGUUGAGUAAAUCCUUUGCCAUGAAGGACUUAGGACCGGCGAAACAAAUUCUAGGGAUGAGAAUCUCUAGGGAUCGAAGGAAUGGAAAAAUUCGGUUGUCUCAAGAAAGGUAUAUUGAAAGAGUUCUUGAGCGGUUUAACAUGAGCAAGGCUAAGGCGGUUAGUACUCCACUUGGAGGACAUUUAAAGUUGAGUGUGAAGCAUUGUCCUACAAGUGAUGAAGAGAAAGAAGCAAUGAAGAAUGUGCCUUAUGCAUCUAUUGUUGGAAGCUUGAUGUAUGCCAUGGUUUGCACAAGACCGGAUAUUGCUCACGCCGUUGGGAUUGUUAGUCGGUUUCUUUCCAAUCCGGGGAAAGAACAUUGGAGAGCAGUGAAGUGGAUUCUUCGCUACUUGAGAGGUACUUCUAGAGUGUGUCUAUGCUUUGGUAACGGCAAGACCAUACUUGAUGGAUAUACCGAUGCUAACAUGGCAGGUGAUGUGGACUCUAGAAAGUCGACUUCUGGUUACAUGAUGACUUUUGCAGGUGCUGCAGUUUCAUGGCAAUCUAAACUGCAAAAAUGUGUUGCAUUAUCAACAACAGAAGCCGAAUACAUAGCCGUGACAGAAGCUUGCAAAGAGAUGCUAUGGUUGAAGAAGUUUCUUCAAGAGUUGGGCAUAAAGCAAGAGAGGUAUGUGCUCUAUUGUGAUAGUCAAAGUGCAAUCCAUCUUUGCAAGAAUCCUACUUUCCAUUCAAGGUCGAAACACAUAGAUGUUCAAUAUCAUUGGAUUCGUGAUGUUUUGGAAGAAAAGUUGUUGGAGCUCAACAAGGUGCAUACGGACAGUGGCGGACCCAUGAAUUUUGAAUAGGGGUGUCCGCUUUCAAAAUAAUAAAAGAAUAAUUCUUAAAUAAUAAAAGUAUCCGAAUAAUAUUGAACAACACAAAUAUUUGGUUAAUACAAGUUACAACAAAUUUCCACGUCGUGUUUUCAUAUUCUGAAAAUAUUCUAAAAUACACUCCGUGUCUACAGUAUUCAGCAAAUCUCUUUCAAUAUAUCCUACGAGACAAUCAUUCACAAAUUGAUCGCCUAGUCGAUUCCGAAGCUUGUUCUUGAUGUAACUCAAAGCUGAAAAAGCUCUUUCCACACUUGCAGUUGCAACCGGUAAAGUCAAUACAACUUUGAGAAGCAAAUAUACCCAUGGAUAUGAUAGAUUCACUUUUGUCUUCACCAUCAGCUGACACAAUUCAUCAAUUCCUUUUAAUCCAUGGAAUAACUCAUCAUUCUUCACAGAAUGAUAGUAAUUCUCAAAGUCCCUUAGAAGAAAAGAGUCAGAAAGAUUACCAAACUCUGUAGGAUAAAAUCGAGUAAGACUAACCAGCUUCUCCCUGUCAAAAGCAGCAAACUCAUUCUCCGGGCUAAGAGAAGCCAUACAAGUCAACAACCUAGUAUUCACCUCAUCAAAACGGUUGUUCAACUCUUGCAGCUGCAUAUCAAGAACAGAGUAAUACAAUUCAACCUGAUAGUGAUGCAAGUUUGUGAUCUGUGGAGCCUUGCGCCUUGAUCGUCCUGGAAGAACAUACUCAUCAUCCAUGCCAAGAACGUGAACAGAUUCCUUAGUGCAAAACAAGAUAACAUCCUCAAGUAGAGACUCCCAUCCUCGAUCUCUCAUCUCUUGUAAUCUAGUUUUUCCCACAAGAACGUGAACAGAUUUCUGAACUGUUUUUAGCUCUAUUGUGGUAGCUGUUAUGCUCCCCAACAUGAUCAUCAAAAGCUUUCAAUUUAUUCCAUGUUCUAAAUCCUUCACCAAUAAAGCCAUCAUUACUCCCACCUCGCUUACUGAACACAUAGCAAUAUAGACAAUAAGCAGCAUCUUUUGAGACACUAUAUUCAAGCCAAUUAUACUUCUUAAACCAAGAAGCCUGGAAUCUACGUUGCCUUCCACUAAAGUUUCUGGCGGGAAAAGCAUGACUCUUUGGUUGAAUAGGACCUUUUUGAAGAUAAAAUCUUCUAACCUGGUCACAGACAUUGGGAUGAAAGCUAGAUAUCUUAGUUCUUAAUGCCGGAUCUAGCACCAAAGAGUUUUCAUCAAACUCUCUAUCUGAUUCUGCUGAGAAAGACUCACUUUCUUCUGGAGUUCGAUUGACUGAACCUGAAAGAUUUGGUUCUUGUAUUUGAGGAGCUCCCACUAUCGACGAAGGAGGAAAGGUUUGAGCUUGUCUACUCCCACUAGCUUCAACACCUUCAGUUUGAACAUUAGGAGUAGAUUGGACUUGUCUUGAGUAAUAUCUUUCCAUUGGUACCUGAUCUAGCAUAGAAUGUACAUAAAAUUAGAAUUGAAAUUCCAUCGUAAAACUACCGCUACUUUCCCCACUGUAAAACUGCUGCUUAACAAUUGGAAUUAACAAUUGAAAAGGCG